AUGGAAUCGGAAAGCUCUGAGGUCGACAGUGAUCGCACCGUCCCAGCCGAGGAUCCUAGCUCCGACGAGGAUUACGACGACAGCGGCAGCGACUACCCCGAAGGUCACCAAAGCCGCUACUACCCCUUCCAGCGAUCCUACACUUGCCGUCCGAUAAGCGGGAACAGUAGGGAGCAUCUGGAACAGGGGAACCUGGUCAUACUGCCGGAAUCCGCCCUGGAGUUUCUCUACAGAAACCGACCAAGCUACCCGAUGCUGUUCGAGAUCAGGAACGACUCGAAGGAGCGGGUUUCUCACUGCGGGGUGGUGGAAUUCACCGCCGAAGAAGGGACGAUGAUGGUGCCGGGGUGGAUGAUGGAGAAUCUGAAGGUGGAGGCAGGGGAGACUCUGCUCCUGAAGAGCACCACUCUCGAGAAGGGCACCUUCGCCAAGCUUCAGCCGCAUUCCGUUGCGUUCUUGGCUACAAGGGACGUGAAAGCGGUGCUGGAACAAACUCUAGGCGCCAACUUCUCCUGCCUGACCACCGGAGACACCAUUGCUAUCAACGUCGGGAGCAAGACGUUUUACAUCGACAUUGUAGAGACAAAGCCUGAUGAUGCCAUCUGCAUCAUUGACACGGAUUGCACCGUGGAGUUUGCUGUUCCUUUGGAUUACAAAGAGCCGGCGCCAGCCCCAGCGCCGCAGGAGCUCAGGGAAGAGGGAGUGGGUGGUUCUCGGGGAUUCAUACCGUUCACCGGAGCAGCAAGGAGGCUGAAUGAGACAGAGGAGGCCGCGGAUGAAGAGAUGCAGAGUGUUGGUGCAGAGCCUCAGAGAGUGCAAGCUAGACCUGUGGCUACAGCAGCUAAACCGGAGAAUAAGCAGUUUCAGCCUUUCAGUGGAAGGAAAUAUACCUUAGGUGGCUGA